UCUUGGGCUGUGGAAAGAGAAGAGAGAGAAGAGAGAGAGAGAGAGCGUGUUCUUGCGCGUUCUUGCAAGAUCGAUCGAAAGCACAGGGAUUUCCUCGGCGCCAGGAGAUUCCAGCGCCGGCCGCCUUCGCAGCGGCCACAGAUCUUCUCCAGGCCGUGGAGUCUGUGGCGAGUCGCUGAUAGGGACCCGGCGCAUUUCGCAUUGCGGAGAGCUCACGCCCCAGGGGAGAAGGAAUAAUCGCAUCGGGGCAGCUGUUCGUCGCUAGGGUUUGAGGGUAGUAGAGUAGAGAUGGGCGCUAGCGAGAGCAGGGAAGGGCGGCUGGACGAUUCCGAGGCCGAGGAGGAGGAGGAGGAGAAUUCCUCCUCGUCACAGGGGAGCUAUCACAGCGCUCGCUCCGACAAGGAGAAAACCGGGCCAAGGACUCCAUUGCGGCCUCCACAGCCGGGCUCGCAAAAGGUAAAGCUCUACCACUACAUCUCGGCCAAGACCAAGUGGGUCGUCGCGGAGAAGCUGGUGCCAUGGGAGUUUAUGCGCGAGAGCGAGUUCCAAGAAGGCAGCGAGGUCGACGAUGACGAGUACAUGGACGAGGCCGAAGGGAGUGGCCACUUUGAUCACUGGCUGCUGUGCGUGGGGACGAGGAUCCGAGCUAAAGUCGACCAGAGGCUCCAGAUGAAGUUCUACUCGGACCAGCAGCGAGUCGACUUCGUCUUCCAAGGUGUGUGGGCGAUGCGCUUCCCAUCCCAGGAGGACUACAAGGACUUCACCACCGAGUACCACAACUGCGUCUUCGAGAACAGCUACCAGCUCGAGGCGACCGAGGAGAACAAGGUGAAGGUGUUUGGGAAGGACUUCAUCGGCUGGGUGAAGCCUCAGGACGCUGACGAGUCCAUCUGGGAGGACGCGGAGGAGACUCUAGAGCAGGGACAGGUCAAAGAUCUCAAGCAGACUUACAUCGACGAGCUCAACGAAGGGAUUCGCAGCCUCGCGCUGGGUGCCAAAGACAACAGCUUCCUGGUGAGCGACAGCCGGGUCGAGGCGUUUCGAAACACACCCACGGGGCUGCAAGGCAAGAAGGCGUCCGUCCGCCUGGGCGGAUCGAGCUCCGACUCGUUCAGCACACCCAAGAAGGCGAUGCUCAUCCGGGGGGAGGCAAACAUGAUGCUGCUCAGCCCGGCGAAAGAUGGCAAGAACCACUCCACGAACGUCCGGCAGCUGGAUCUCGAGUCGGGCAAGACGGUGGCCGAGUGGAAGUUUGAGAAGGAUGGCACUCCCAUCACCAUGCGGGAUGUGACCAACGACAGCAAGUCGGCUCAGCUCGACUCGUCGCUCUCGACCUUCCUCGGCCUCGACGACAACAGGCUCUGUCGGUGGGACAUGAGAGACCGACACGGAAUCGUCCAGGACAUCGCGAGCCCGGUGCUGAACUGGAACGAGGGUCAUCAGUUUGCGAGGGGCACGAACUUCCAGUGCUUUGCUUCCACCGGAGAUGGAGCGGUGGUGGUGGGAUCCAAGGAUGGAAAGAUCCGGCUCUACGGGAAGACGUCGAUGCGGCAGGCUAAAACAGCGUUCCCGGGGCUGGGCUCGCCGAUCACUCAUGUGGAUGUGACUUACGAUGGACACUGGGUGCUGGGAACCACGGACACGUAUCUCAUCCUCAUGAGCACGCUGUUCAUCGACAAGGAUGGAUCCAUGAAGACGGGCUUCACGGGGCGGAUGGGCAGCAAGGGGCACAAGCUGGCGACGCCGCGGCUGCUCAAGCUCACGCCGGUGGACGCGUUUGCCGCUGGGAAGAACCAGAAGUUCCACGGUGGUCACUUCUCCUGGGUGACGGAGGGUGGAAGGGAGGAGAGGCAUCUGGUGGUGAGCGUGGGGAACUACACCGUGAUCUGGGAUUUCAAGCGCGUGAAGCAGAGCCAGCACAAUUGCUACAAGAACGCGGGGGAGGGGCUCAAGAGCUGCUACUGCUACAAGAUUGUGCCAAAGGAGGACAACAUCGUGGACAGUAUGUUCAUGCACGACAACUUCGUCACUGGGAAAUCGCCGGAAGCGCCGCUCAUCGUCGCCACGCCAAAGCACGUCACCUCCUUCAACAUCUAGAACAGGAAAAACGCAACAAAUCCAUUCGCGGUAAGACUGGAGACUUUUGACAUGGGAUGGGAGUAGUACGCACUCGCGCGCUAAUUUCUUGCUCUUUUCUUUGCUGUUUGUAACCAACUAAAGCAAAAUUUAAUUGUUCUUUUUAAAAGUAAACACAGUUAUUUAAAAUGAAAA